ACAGCACGGGUACUGAUUGCCCCAUGAAUGACAUAAAGUCAGAUAUGUAGCAUCACCAACCUUUAAUUUCCAUACUGUGGAAACGAAUGAUAGGAUGUAAGCAAGACAGACAUUUUUCUGUGGCUAAUUCUUCCCUCUUAUAAUCAUGAUUUUCCUACUAAUAUGUCUUCAGGAGCUACUAUACGGGGGUGUUUCAAAUGAUGAUCUUUUUGGAUUCUGUAACUUCCUCUUCUCCAUUGAAGUGAUUCUGGGAUACAGGCUUACAACACAAAUACAGAUCUAGUUUAGAAAUAGUAAUGGGGAUAUAAAUAUGUCUUCUUUAUAACUAUACUAGCAUUGCUCAGGUCUUUAACUGAAUUAACCUUUUUUUAAAAAAUGAAAGAAACUGAGGGUUCAGGUGUAAGGAGAGGCGGAGGUCUGUGGUUUAGGACAAAGGGUUGGGAGCUAUGGAGGAGCUCCAGGCAGGAUGUAUGGCCUCAGGGAAGGGGGAAGGAGGCAGGGGGCUCUAGGGGCUGCCCCCUCCUCCAGUGCCCUCCACAGCCUACAGGCUCUCCAUGAGGGGGACAGGCUUUGAGGUAUGGGGGACUUGGGGCAUGGGGGCUACUCACCCAGUCUGGUCACUCUCUUCGUGCUGCAGCUGCUCUCAGAGGCCACACUCAGCAUUGUGUCCGUCCUCUCUGUGCCCUUCCCUUUUAUGUCCCUCCCCUCUCUACCACUUUCCUUUCCAUGUUAUGGAAAACAGUUCCAUUCCUGGCACUUCCGAUUUUCCAGGAACACCCAAACCCUGACACUGGUUUAAGUUUGGGUAAGAGGAAGCUACAUACCAAAUUUGGUGGUCCUAGCUGUUACAAUUUAAGUGAAGUAAUUGUACAAACUCAUAAACGAACAACCUCUACAUUCUGCAUUGACUUAAGCACUGACAAAGGCAGGCAUCCAGGGUGUCCUUUAAAGAAUAAAACAGGCUGACAAGUAUUGUAAAGUUGACUCCAUGCCGAAACUGUUGUUAUCGUCUGUUCCUUCUCUCCUACUGUCAAUUGCUGCUAGGUUCUUACCCUUCAUUUUGAAGGGUAGGAUUUGCAAUUUCUUGCAGGGCUGCUGCAAUGCCCUGUCAUAAUGUUUGGUCAUAAUGUUUGGUGUAAGAUGCCAACUGUCCCAAUUUCAGUUAUUUCUCUUGGCAAAACAACAUACUUCUACCUAUACACUUCUGGGUUAUAGUGUUGCAAUUUUGAGACACCCAGAAAAGAGGAACAAUCAUUCAUCAAAAUGAUGAAACUCCUGUUGCUAUAGUUCAUGCCGGACUGUACCCAACUUCUUUCUUUUGCCUCUCCCCAUUCUUCUACUGAAUUAUUCAGUUAAUUUCCCCACUUUGCCGAACCACUUUUAAGCCAGUUUCAGAAGGCUGUUCAUGUUUAAUUCUCAGUGAGUUUUUUUCACUAUUUUUAUUUUAGGGUCUUUUUAUGGUUUAUUGCAGCUCUUUUCCAGCACGUUUGUGGUAAGUUUUAAAUACUGGAUCUUUAAAAAUAUAUUGAUGUUUCUAUUAACUUGGUGAGAAAAUUGUUAACAUUAAUGGUAAUACUUUGGGGAAUGUGAAACUGUACAUUUACUAGUAUUCACCUAAGCCCUUGACGUUGGUGAAACUGUUCUGAUCUAUGCAGAACUUUUUUUUUUUCAAUUAUAGGAACAACUCUAAUCCUUGAGGUGACUAGUACACCAGAUGAAAUUUUAGCUGAAUAGCAAAUCUCUGUCUUCAUUCAAAAUAGCAGCUUAAUCAGUCAAAUGUGUCAGUCAUUCAAUGUUCUGUUUAACAUCAUUGCUAUUAAAACAGUUUUCUUCAAAGUAGUAGUCUGCAGGAAGAAAUAAUAUUAUGGAUCAGAUCUCUGAAAUUGUGUAAUCGGUGUUUGCCAUUCUCUGGUUAAUAUGAAGUCUGUUGAAAUGUGCCCGAUGACCUUAAUCCAUGCAUCAUGUCUCAAACUUUUUUUCCCCCAUAGGUUAUACUUUCCCCCCGCACCCCUUUCCCAGAAAGGUCAUAGUUCAGGAAUGCAUUCUGUAUCUGCCAGCACUUCAGAUCUGUGCUCCUAGAUUUCAUCCACCUGUGUGGCACCUAGUCAUCUUUUCCUCUGGUGUUGCAGCUUCCCUGGACUUGUGUAUGGUUCCUAUCCUCUCCUGCGUAAAGAUUCUUUUCUGCCAUGAUGCAUGGCUGCUGGAGUGAUGUAAUAGGAAGACAAUAUUCCCUGCUUGCCUGUAUCCUCUUCAGUGCACUGGGUUAUUUCCUGCUUGGCAUGUCCACCAAUGUGUGUUUAUUUGCCAUUGCUAGGGUCCCUGUAGGCAUUUUCAAACACACCCUGUCCAUUUCAAAAGCUCUUCUUUCUGACCUGGUUUCUGAGAGAGAACGCCCUCUUGUAAUAGGACACUUCAAUGCAGCCUCCAGUGUUGGUUUCAUUCUGGGUCCUGUGGUUGGGGGCUACUUUACAGAGCUGGAGAGUGGCUUUUACCUGACAUCUUUUGUCUGUUCUUCCAUCUUCAUUCUGAAUGCUGGUCUUGUCUGGAUGUUACCAUGGAGUGAAGAUCACACAGAGAAUAAUGAAAACGAACAGACCACUAGUAACAGCAAAGCGACAGCAAAGUCAAACUAUGACCCACAGGUUAAAUCACUAGCUAAUGGAGCAAUGAAAUAUGAUGAGUCCCUGUGGAUUCAAGUAGUGUCAGUGCUGAAGAGGAUUAAAAGCAUUGCAUGCUCUGAUCUGUGGGAUAUAUUUUUAGUACGGUUACUAAUGUCUGUAGCUGUAAUGUUGUAUUAUAGCAACUUUAUUCUGGCAAUUGAAGAGAGAUUUGGGGUGAAACCUAAGCUCACAGGAUACCUCAUAAGCUAUAGUAGCACCCUUGGAGCACUUGCUGGUUUUCUACUUGGACCAAUAACAAAACUCUAUCAAUAUAACACUUAUGCACUUUUAUUACAUUCCACUGUUCUCACCUGUGUGUUGAUAAUGCUGUAUUCCACGGCACUCAGUAUAUGGACGGUUGUUUUAUCAUCAACAUUUUUAGCAUUUUCAACCACAGUAGGACGCACGUGCAUCACUGACCUUGAGUUGGCCCUAGGUGGGAAUCAGGCCAGUGGCACACUAAUAGGAGUUGGUCAGUCUGUGACCUCUGUGGGACGUAUAAUUGCUCCACUUCUCUCAGGAAUUGCACAAGAGUUCAGUCCAUGUGGCCCUCCAAGUCUUGGGGUGGGGUUGGCGCUGGUGGCUAUUCUGAUAAUGCUCAUAAACACACCGCGAUAUUGCAGCAGUAGAAAUACUAAAUUAAAAAGUGAAUAGCACCUAAUUUUGGACAUGCUGGUAUAUUGUCAGUAAAAUGCAAAGUGCGGUUAUGUUUUACUAAAGAAUAGUGAUCGCUAACGAAGCCUGUAUAGUAGCAACAGGCUGUUUUAUAAAAGAAACAUCAGCAUGACUGAACCUUCAGAUUCAUGCAGACUUGUCUGCUGCAGGAUCCUUCAUAAAGACAUGCCUGUAGAUCAGAGGGAUGUUCUUUUUCUCGGGCGCAGGUAUCAUGUAAAACCUUUCGUAAAAUGAGAAGUUGUAUUUUCUGUGUGCUAGUAAGUUUGAAAACCCUUCAAGAAAAAAUGAUUAAUUAAAAAGUAAAAUUUGGUAUCUGCACUUAUCCUAAGUAAGUAUUUUAAAGAACCUCUAGAACUUCCUGUGCAAUUUUGCUCCACCUUGAUUUUAAGAAUAACCACUCCUUCCUGGUUCUUUAGAUGGUUGUAUAAGACAAAUUUUGAAAAAUCUAGUCAUGUUUUAAAGUAGAGGUGUGAAUGGUUAACUGGUGGGGGCUGACUAAUUAAAUGGGAUUUUACAUCCUUAUUUUAAAGUGUUUGUUCCAUAUGGAGAUAUAAAUUAAAAUGCCAAUUUAGGUAAUAAGGGAAAAUGUUUGGCAGCUUACUCUUCAUUUGUGUGUAUCUGUUUUAGAAGGCCAAAACUAAUGUUUAUACAGGUAACAGCAUUGAGAAAAUGAGAGGCUUAUGAGGAUGGUUUUCAUAGCACUGGUCCAUACUGUGCGAGGUUCAGGUCACUGUUACUAGCCCAUUUUUUAUGAGCAUUAUAUUUGAUCCACUCUUUAAAAAAAAAAAAAAAAAAAAAGUUUGGUCCUAUAGUGCCUUCCUCUGAAAGUUUCAUAGCAUUUCCCCUCUAAUUAUUUGAUAUAGUGUUCAGAGCUUCUCUUCAGUUUUUAAUUGAAAUUUAAUAUAUAUAAUGUGCACAUGCAUCUUUAAAUGUUACUUCAAAGCCAUCACAGAUGGUGUUUUGUAAUUUUUGUUUUUCAAUCAUCUUUUCCUUCCUUCUUCAGUCAAGUGUCUUCUCUUACAGAGUGCCUGUUCCUAUUUGAAAUUGCUGGCAAAGCCCCAUUGAUCUCAGUGAUAGCAUAGUGGGAACAUACAAAUAUUUUAAUUACUUUAAAUUUGAUGGGUAGACUUAAUGAGACUCAUCUAUAUGAGUGCCGUCUACACAGCAGUGUUAUUUCGGAAUAAGUGAUGUUAUUUCAAAAUAACAUAGUCCGCAUCUGCACUAUAAGCAGUUAUUUUGACAUAAUGUCAAAGUAAUGGCGAGCUGGAG